AUGUCUUAGCAAGUUAGAGUCAAAGGAACAAAAGGGGAAUAUAUAAUCUUUGAGAAAGUCUUAGGAAAGGGAGCUUACGGGGUUGUGUGCUUAGCUUAAUGUGAAAAUAAUGGAACUUACUUAGCCGCUAAAAUUGUAUAGAUCAUCAAAUUAUCAAGGUCAUUAAAAAGUCACUUAGCGCUUAAGACAUAUAAAAUCUCAGGAAUGAAAUGAAAAUAUAAUAAACCUAAUCCCAUCCAAAUAUCGUUGCUAUGGUAGAUACUUUUGAGGAUGACCUAUUUCUAUAUAUGAUGCUAGAAUAUUGCAGUGGGGGUUGUUUAUUCCGUAGUUUAUAAAUGAAUGGCCCUUUUAAAGAAGAGAGAGCUUUUCACUAUUUUUCGUAAAUCUUAUCGGCAGUCCAGCAUUUACAUUAAAAUAAAAUAUUACACCGAGAUAUCAAAGUAUUUAAUUAAUCAAAUUGUAGCUCUCCAAUAUUCUUCUCACAGACCAAGAUGAAGUAAAACUUGCAGAUUUCACUUGGGCAACAAAUAUGAUUUAUGGGGAAGUCUCCCCGUAAUUAUGUGGUACAAUUGAGUAUAUGCCACCAGAAGUGAUUUAGAUAAGAACUCAAAAUGAGAAGGUUGAUGUUUGGAGUUUAGGCAUUGUUUUAUAUGUAUUUUUUAUAUAAUAUUCAAGGAAUUAUUACAUAACAAUUUUCCAAAUAUCGAUAAUUUAUUCAUGAGAAAUGAUAUUAGUUAAGAGUGCAAAGAUCAGAUACUUACGAUGUUGGAGAAAUCGCCUUAUAGAAGACCAACUGCUCAAAACAUUGGUUCUGGAACAUGGUUUAGAAAAAUGAAAAACUAAAAGGAUAUGCUGAUUAGACACUCCAUUUCAAUUCAAAAAACUAAUUCACCUUUAAGUAAAGUUAAUUUGAGAGCCAUGAUUGGUUCACCUUUGAGAUAAUCAUAUGAAGCCUAAACUUGUGUUUCACCUAUGGAUUUAAAGUAUUCAUCCCCUAUCAGAGAAUCUUCAACUUAUAGUGCUUUUUGA